AUGCCCCAACAUGCCCCGUCUUCUGUGGCUUGUCGUGUAUGCGGUACUCAGUGGCAUGUUAAAGAAAAGCGUGAUCAUCUUGUCUGUCGGAUAGAGAAGAUCUAUGAGCGAACAGUGGCAGAUACAGAAGGCAUGGAACAUGACGAUGGAGCUGAUGCUGUUGUGGAUCAUGUGUGUAGCAAAUGUGGCCAUAACAAAGCGUCCUAUUCCACAAUGCAAACAAGAUCAGCAGACGAAGGCCAAACGGUGUUUUACACAUGCCUCAAAUGCAAAAGAAAAGACAUCGAGUACUCUUAA